GUGUCCGUGUGUGUGAGAGAGGGACAGAGACGCUGCAGCUGUCAGGAACUAUGACUGAAGAUGACGGAUUCAGUUGUCGUGGAGGGAUACGCCAGACUCCGGGAUGGAAAAAAGUGGAAAACCAGGUGGAUCGUUCUACGGAAGCCGUCCCCGGUAGCAGACUGCCUCGUGCUGCUGGUUUUUAAAGACAAGUCGGACAAAGCGCAGGGCAACAAGGAGCGAGCCAGUGUGACCUUGGAGGAGAUCUGCGGCCUGGAGGCAGGACAUUGGUAUGAGGGCGUUGCUUUCACUCUGGGCAUCCUCUGCCUGAACCAGGCCGCUUUACUGGGCUUCGACAGCAGAGAGACCCUGCAGGCCUGGGACGUCCGCCUCCAGUACAGCCUCGGAGAGGUUCACAGAUUCAGCGUUGGCGUGUUACCAGGGACAAAGCUGGAGAGCGGACCUGCAACUCUUCAUCUGUGCAACAACCUGCUGGCUCUGGCCCGGGACGUCCCUCCGGUUAUCAUCGGCCACUGGAACCUUCCAGACCUGCGCCGGUAUGGACCUGUACCCCACGGAUUUGUGUUCGAGGGGGGAACGAGAUGUGGAUACUGGGCCGGUGUUUUCCUGCUGGCGUCUGCUGAGAGCGAGCAGAUCAGCUUUCUGUUCGACUGCAUCGUCCGAGGCAUCUCCCCCAACAGAGGCCCUUUUGGACUGCGGCCCGUUCUGCCAGAUACCAGUGGCAGUCAGACCAGCGUGGAGGAGAAGUUGAACCACGACACUCAGGAGCUGGAGAAGCGACUGAGCAUGCUCUCUCACCGGAGCAGCACAGCCUUGUCCACGUACUGCCCGUCGGCUGGAGGAGACGACCGCAGCAUAUCCGGUUCCUCGGACACUUCUGACACCAGCCAAUCGGACUGCAGCAUCGGCAGCCGGCUGGCCAUUUGGACAGAACCGAUCUCUGCCCCGACGGAAACAGUCAGCCAUGCUGCCGCCAAAGUGCCGCUGCAGAGCAUGGAGAAGCUUUCAGUCAGCCAGGGGGCUGGAAGUCGGCCUCCGGUCAAACCCCCGCGGCAGCUUCAGGAAAUCGGCCGUCAGAGUUCGUCUGACAGCGGUAUCGCCACCGGCAGCCAUUCCUCGUACUCUGGAAGUUUCUCCUCCUACACAGGCAGCCUGGACAUCACCUCUGGGGACGACUUUGGCUCGGUUUUCAAUUUGCCUCCCCACUUGACUCAAGACCUGAGUCCCUGUACGUGCCCCAGUGCCCCUGGACACGAGUACCAGGUACCGACAUCACUCCGGUACCUGCACGACUCUCCAAGGAAUCUUCUACAAGAAGGAAACGUGGGCGCCAAACCCGAGGAACCCUCCAGCCCAACUAAAGACGCUUCUGAAGAGUCGGCCCAGGGGGAUAAAAGCAGCGUCACGACUUGUGAGCGUGACUCAGAAACUACUGACAAACAAUCAAUGAGCCAACACUCACCAGACCCCUCAGAGGAGAGCAGAAACAAGAUGGUGGCCUCCAGUGAACAUCCUGACUCCUGCCACAUCUGCAGCUCCGUCACAUCUGUCUCCAAAACCAUCGUGGCCAUCUGCUCAGUGUGUGGUGGCUUUAAGGGGACACCGUGCAUUCCGGCAAGUGGUUCAGUUACAGCUGCCGUAACAGAUCAAAGUGUUGACAAAUCAGCGUGCAGACCCAGCGCUGCCUCAGAACUCGGCAUUACAGCCAAGGAGGUUCAGGAGAAACGGCAAGUGGUCUCCUCGGGCGCUGGAAGCUUCCACGGGGCAGGCAAGGAGUCACCGUUGCCAAUAAAAGGGAGAGAGAAGUUAUCCAGUCUCCUGGCGGAUCUGUUGGGCUUCCCAGGCACGGACAGGCAGCCAGAGGCAAAGAUUCAGAAAGCCAGACUGAACUUGUAUGAAUCAAUGAGCCCUGCUUUUGGAAACGAGCUCAAACCGGCACCAAGUGGAAGCUGCGUACAAGAUCCACAGAAGAAGGGCCGAGACGUCAUUUAUGAAAACUGUCUGAAGUGUCAGAGCGAGCACUGUCACCCUCCUCCUCGAGUCGUCCCGGCUGAAAUGUUUCGAUUCACGAGCGUUCCCACGUUCCCGAGCUCUCCCUCAGGGCCGCACCUGAAGAGAAGCCAGGAACAGGAAGCGGCUGCUGACGAGACGGCGCUCCAUCAAGGUCACGGUGAUGGAUCCCGGAGCUUGGACGGGCUCUGUGAUUAUCAGGAGAUGAAUGGUCGCUCAGUGGCCACUGAAGACAAAAGGCUUAAUAGCAGAGAGGAGCGACGCCGAGCUGAUCCUGCUUAUGCGAUUAUGGAGAAUCGGGCGCCGGAGAGGAACUCCGAGGUACACCAAUCCCAAACUCUCUAA